AAAACUAAAAUAAAAUAAAGAAUCUUACUUUACCUUUCUUCAUUAACAGUUGUCAGAUGUCAGUCUUAGCCAUUUCUCCUCCUCCCUCUCUCUUUUCUCUCAACAGUUCUUUCUAUCCGCAUUGCUCUCUGCUUCGCUUCACUUCACUUGACUUGCUCGUCCACUGUCCAAGAAAGGUAAGUAAUUAAGGUCUUUGAUAUUUCCGUUUCCAACCGCCACUUUUCUGGAGAUGUUCGCUUUCUUUCCAUUUCUGUAUCUACUUUCCAGCUUCCAUUUAGUAAUAAUACUUCAGGUGAACGGUUUAAACACUGAAGGUUAUGCUCUCCUGUCCUUUAAACAUUCUAUUACUAACGACCCACAAGGAACACUCAACAACUGGAACUAUUCCCAUGAAAACCCUUGUUCUUGGAAUGGUAUUACCUGCAAACAAUACAAUGUUAUAUCCAUUACCCUGCCAAAGAAGAACCUCUCCGGAUUUAUCUCCCCUUCUCUAGGAUCUCUGUCUCAGCUCAGGCAUCUUAACUUAAGAAACAAUAACUUCUCUGGGACGUUACCGACUGACCUCUUCAAAGUCGUAGGGCUUCAAAGUUUGGUUCUUUACGGAAACUCUCUUUCUGGGUCUAUUCAUCCUGGUAUUGGGGAGCUCAAAUAUGUUCAGGCUUUAGUUCUGUCACAAAAUUUCUUCAAUGGGUCAUUGCCUUUGUCCUUAAUCGAUUGCAAGAGAUUGAGAAUCCUUGAUUUAAGCCAGAACAAUUUUACCGGUUAUCUCCCAACUGGAUUCGGAUCUAAUUUGGUAUUGCUGGAGAAACUCGACCUCUCGUUCAACAGAUUUGCUGGUCCAGUUCCUUCCGAUUUGGGUAAUUUGACCAAUUUACAAGGAACUGUUGAUUUGUCUCAUAAUCUUUUCAAUGGUUCAAUCCCGACCAGUCUUGGUGAUCUACCUGAAAAGGUUUAUAUUGAUCUAACUUACAACAAUUUAAGCGGGUCGAUACCGCAGAAUGGCGCUCUUGUGAACAGAGGACCGACAGCUUUCAUUGGAAAUCCCGGUCUUUGUGGCCCUCCUUUGAGAAAUCCUUGUUCAUGGGAUAAACCUAGUUUGAAUUCAUCGUACCCAUUCAUACCUAUUGAUUACCCGCCUCAAAAAGCUCCGGAUGGUUCUAGAAACCGAACCGGGGAGCUCAGUAAAACCGUUCUUGUUGCGAUUCUUGUCAGCGAUGUUAUUGGCAUAUGCCUUAUCGGGCUGCUGUUCUCGUACUGCUAUACAAAAGGGAGACGAAUGUGGAAGAAAGAGUGUUUGUUGUGCUUUAGAAAAAAGGAUGAAUCUGAAACCUUGUCUGAAAAUGUGGAACAUCUUGAUCUGGUUCCUUUGGACGGUCAGCUCGAAAUUGAUCUAGACGAGUUGCUGAAGGCUUCGGCUUUUGUGUUGGGGAAGAGCGGGAUAGGGAUUGUUUACAAAGUUGUUCUUGAAGAUGGGGUUACUUUGGCAGUUAGAAGAUUGGGAGAAGGCGGUUCACAGAGAUUGAAAGAAUUUCAGACUGAAGUUGAAGCUAUUGGAAAACUUAGACAUCCAAACGUUGUAACACUCAGAGCCUAUUACUGGUCUGUUGAUGAGAAGCUUCUAAUCUAUGAUUACAUCCCAAACGGAAACCUUUCAACUGCUAUUCAUGGGAAGGACGCAUUUUCAUGGGAUAUUAGACUGAAGAUUAUGAAGGGAAUUGCAAAAGGUCUUGUUUAUCUACACGAAUACAGCCCAAAAAGAUAUGUACAUGGUGAUUUGAAACCGAGCAAUAUACUGUUGGAUGAAAAUAUGGAUCCGAAAAUUUGUGACUUUGGACUUGGGAGGCUGGCUAAUAUAGCUGGAGGGUCCCCAAGGGCGGUUGGAACUAGUGGGAUGAAGAAAACCGAAAGUGGAGGAUUGAAGUCGGGGUGGUAUUAUCAAGCCCCGGAGGCAGGGAAAAGUCUGAAAGCAUCGCAAAAGUGGGAUGUUUAUUCGUUUGGAGUAAUACUGAUUGAGAUGAUAAUGGGAAGAAUGGAUGCUAUUGAGUUGAUGAAGUUGUGGAUAGAAGAGAAGAAGCCACUGUGUGAUGUAUUGGAUUCGCGGUUGGUUGAGGAUAUAGCGGAGAAUGAGAAAGAGGAGGAAGUUAUGGGAGUUGUAAAGAUUGCGAUGUCGUGCAUAGAAGAGGGCUGCCCGGAGAGGAGACCUUCGAUGAGGCAUGUGUUGGAAGCACUGGAACGAUGAACAGACAGGAUUUUUAGUAGUAAUAGGAUGCUUCAUUCUUGUAUAUUAUUAAUAGUAGUAAGAUUUGUUAUUUGAUUGUUGUUGUUUAUGUUGAUAUCAAUCAGGUGACUUUUUAAGAUUGACUUGAUUGAUUUCAUUUAUACAAGAGCUUGUUUGAUGUAGGGUGGGUUAUUUUAUAAAAAUCUAGGUUACUCACCAUGGUUCCUCCUUAGGUACGAAGUGGAUCAUCUUGACAGGGAUCAUCUAGGGUUGCUGUGAGAUUAAGGAAAUUAGUCCUGUUAGUAAUCUUGUGUAAUUUUGAUUUUAAGAAGUUAAGACUUUGUAUGAAUAAAAUAAAAACACAAAGAUUCCAACUCCCAACAUAUCUAUAGCUAAGAAGAAGAGAUCUUCACUGUGAUUCAUUCCUGAGUCCUAAAACCAAUUCGACA